AACUUGGACAUCCUCUACACAAUUAUUCUUUUUAUAAAUGCUGUUCAUGAAAAGCGGUGCCCUUUCCGAAUGACCUAGUGCCUCUACAAUCUCUUAUUCUUUAAUUUCUGGUCCGAGAUGUCACUUGCCAAAACUCUUGCUCAAUAACAAUGCAUCGUGUCCGGGCCUGGGCACAUUCAGCCGCCCAUGAGAAUAAAUUCAACCCGUGGUCACAAAAUGAUGAAAAAUCGACAGCCGCCGGCAAGACCUCUGCCCUAUCGCAGCAUGGCCAACCACUCGAGGAAGAGAAGCCCAAGCCGUCUCGCCUGGCGCGUUUCUUGAAAAAUGUCAAGGCACCGCUCUUUCACAGCUGGGUAAAUGUCCUGCUUGUAUUUGUACCGGUGGGAAUUGCUGUGCAUUUUGCAAACGUGGACCCAAAUAUUGUCUUUGCUCUCAAUGCCGUCGCUAUUAUCCCCUUGGCAGGGCUUUUGACCUUUGCCACUGAAAGCGUUGCGCAUCGACUCGGCCCGACAUUGGGGGCCUUGCUCAAUGUGAGCUUCGGCAACGCGGUCGAACUGAUCAUUUUCAUCAUUGCACUCGUCAAGAAUGAAAUUCGUAUUGUCCAAGCAUCUUUAAUCGGCUCUCUCCUCGCCAACCUUCUACUGAUCCUGGGCAUGGCUUUCCUUAUUGGGGGCCUUGAAUACCAAGAACAGAUCUACGACAGUACUGUCACUCAGAUGAGCGCUUGCUUGCUAGCUUUAGCAGUCCUGUCCUUAUUGAUCCCAACAGCUUUCCAUGCUUCCUUCAGUGACUUGGAUGCCGCAGAUCGUGCUGUCAUCAAAUUGAGUCGAGGAACGUCGGUCAUUCUAUUGGUGAUCUACUUCCUCUACCUCCUUUUCCAACUCAAGUCGCACGCAUACCUGUAUCAAGGAACUCCACAGCAUCUAAUAGACGAGGAGUCCGCUCCUGGUUUUCUGGCACGGUUUGAUUCCACGAGUUCCUCUUCUGCAUCCUCCUCACGCGCGUCAACUGUCAGUUCGAGCGCGGGAUCAAAACGUCGUGUACGCAAAAGGUUGAGAGCAAAACUGGGCAUGAAGAGGCACUCCAAAACAGAAGAGGAGAUAGAGCCAGAGAUUGGGACCAAUGAGGAGGCAGGCGGAGCCUCGGCGGACAUAUUGGAAGAAAAGACGGCUGAGCCACAUGAGAUCUCUUCCCUUCCACCACCAUCGACAGCACCGGUCGCAACACCAGUCAACAUGACAGCAACGUCUCAAGCCGGGAGCAAGCCCAAGAUGCCACUUGGGGCUCGCGGCUUGUCUUUCCGAACUCCGCCAGUCUUCCGUUCGUCCACGAACCCGCCAGGACGAUCUGGCGACGAUGCUGCACAAAACAACCUUCGACGCUACAGAUCUGACCCAAACAACCGUCAGCGCGCCAAUCAGCAAAAUCGUUCUCCGGCUUCGACCGGAAUGGAAAGGCGCCAAACUUCCAGGAGCACGACUACCCAAGAAGAUGAUGAGCCUCCUAUGAGCCAGACGGCCUCGAUCGUCUGGCUUCUUGCUUCUACUGGCCUCGUUGCCCUUUGUGCAGAAUUCUUGGUUGGUAGUAUCGAGCAUUUGGUCGACAACUCACCAUUGUCCGAAGCUUUUGUGGGAUUGAUCAUUCUGCCCAUUGUCGGAAAUGCAGCAGAGCAUGUUACCGCGGUCACUGUUGCCGCCAAAAACAAGCUCGAUCUCGCACUGGGAGUCGCCUUGGGCUCGUCCAUCCAGAUCGCACUGUUCGUCACUCCGAUUGUCGUCAUUCUCGGUUGGAUCCUGGGCAAGGAUAUGUCCCUCUAUUUCAGCCUCUUUGAGACGGGCUCAUUGUUCGUCGCGACCUUCAUUGUCAAUUUUCUGGUGCUUGAUGGGCGAAGUAACUACUUGGAGGGAGCACUGUUGUGUGCUUGUUAUGUGAUUGUUGCGGUUGGCGCAUAUUUCUUCCCAGAUGGACAAGACCAAAGCUCGCUGACGAGCGGGCCAGGAAAUUGAUAGAUGUACGAUACUAUUUGCUUCAUAGGCGCCAUCUGUAAGCUGUGCAAUAUUUGUCUUUCAAGUCCAUGCUGUCCAUGCCUGCUUCCUGUGCCGCAUCGACCUUGAGAUUGUUGAUCCGAAAGCCGUGCACUUUCACAUGCAAGCAAAAAUGGCGAGAUGGGUCGGUGGGUGGCCUUGGUGGGCCUCCAGGGACACUAAGCCUUCGGCCCGGAUUGAAGUUGGCCGAUGACGUCCAG